GCGCUGCGCGUGCUCACGCCGCCCACUGUUGGAACCACAUUUUCCAUUACUCUGGUGUGACACGACGGCGCUUGCGCAGAGAGGAUUUCCCCCCCCCCAGAGUGUCAUGGCCCAUGAGUCUGUGCGACAACCUUCCCAUGUAUCUCCAGGGCAUACUUGACAUAGGCCAUGAAUCACAGAGCAAUGCAGGGCAUGUGCUGGGAGGGGCCGGUAGGGUUCUUGCUGCGCCCACCUCGCUCUGCCGCCAGAGUAGUACGGGUGCUAAUAAAUCAGGCCAUCAAGUAUGUGCCCCUUGGCCGAAGUAUGAGGUUGGGUCACGAGAACCACGGUUCAGCCUGCGGAGAGCGGGUACUGGUGGAUAUGAUAUCAGGACCUCGGAUCGUAGGUGGACAUGAUGCACAGCUCGGAGCAUGGCCGUGGCAAGUUAGUCUCCAAGUUUACCAGUAUGGUGUAGGAUUUAAACAUCUGUGCGGUGGAUCUUUAGUUAAUGAGUAUUCAGUGCUGACAGCAGCGCAUUGUGUUAGACGACAAAUGGACCCAUACUACUGGAGGGUUGUGAUUGGCCUUCAUGAUAUUUCCAGACCUGAGAGACAUACUGUGAAACAUAGUGUUAGAGAGAUUAUUGUCCAUUCAGAAUUCCGGAUAGAGACGUUUGAAAAUGAUAUUGCAUUAUUUAAACUAUAUAAAUCUGUAAGCUACAAUGACUAUAUUCAGCCCAUCUGCUUACCCUUUGUUCACAUUCAUCUAAACAUCAACAACCAAACAAAGUGCUUCAUAAGUGGUUGGGGUAGUAUUUCAGAGAAAGGUGAAGGCUCACCUAUAUUACAAGAAGCUCAAGUAGACAUUAUUCCUUCUGAUAUUUGUAAUGGUUUUGAAUGGUAUGAAGGAAUGGUUAAUAAUAAUAUGUUUUGUGCUGGCUUUGAAUCUGGAGGUAUCGAUAGCUGUCAGGGAGAUAGUGGUGGACCAUUAGUGUGCUAUCACCUGGAUACCAGCAAAUAUUACCUGAUAGGGAUUACCAGUUUUGGAUUUGGAUGCGGCCGACCCAAACUUCCUGGGAUCUAUGUACGUGUCUCUCGAUAUAGAAGGUGGAUAAAAGCUCGCCUUUUGCUGGCCAGCAAAGCCACCAGGACCCUGAGCAUUAUACUUGCUCUGAUUCUUUUGACUGUGGGGUGGACACACACAUCAUUUGGUUACACUAGAGACUUCAGGGGCCUCUCUGAGAUUGCCACAUGAACUCUGCAUCAACAGGCAGCCACGCAUGACUUUUAUGAAUAAGUAUCCUUAAUGAAUGUGUAUAAAUGCUACUUGUUUAGUAAAAGGCUUUUUUUUUCUUUUAUCUAGCUAACUCACCUAUGUACACAGCCUGUAAUAAAGCAUUUUUGAACUAUUAUCACAGGUAUAAGUAAAAACUAUGCACAAUAGAGAAAGAUAUUGUACAAUUGCAUUAGUAUAUUCUGUGGGGCUUGAACUUUACAAACAUGAUGAAAACCAGCCUGUUUUCUAGAAUGUUGUUACAAGAUUAUAGUUGUUGUUCAUUAAAUAAAGGACCAUUAAAGAAAAUGUGCAUUACAGUGGUUAGCGGGCACAGCAUAGCGGUCCGUUGUUUGUUAAGGUAAAGCAGAAAAUGUAUAAUUUAAGCAAAUCAUAAUGUGUUUUCUAUUCUAGGCUUAAAGGGACAUAGUCAUGUAAGUGAUUUUUCAAUACUGUAACAUCUUAGGAUCUUUAAAAUAAAAUGUAUUUUCCACCAAGAUUGAUACAGAUUUUGUUUUGUUUGUGGAAAAAACAAUUUAACUGAUUCAUGUCCUGGCAUGUUUGUGCACCAGAAUAGUCUUGUCAGUAGAGUUCUGUAGAAAUGGUUUGGGGUUAAAAGGACACCCCCAUCACCUUGAAAUCUAGCUAAUAAAAAUUGUUAAAAGUA